GAUGGAUUGGGGAGACGAAUAUUCCCAUAAUUCUUUUGACCUACAUUGUUUGUUAAAUUCAUUUCCUGGAGACUUGGAGUUUAAGCAGAUCUUCAAUGACAUUGAUGAAAAGAUAGAACAAAAUGCCAUAAGCAUAGAACACUGCAUUAAAGAAAUACAGUCUGAAGUUAACAAACAAUGUCCAGAUGUGCAGCUACGAACAACAACUGACUGUUUUGAAUGGCUAAAUACUUAUAAUUGUAAUUCAUCCAAGUCACCAUCCAUUCCCCAUGGAGAUAUGAUAAAAUUUCUCAAAGCACUGCAAAAUUUGUUGAAGAAUGAACAAAAUCAAGAAGAAAUGGUAUUGGAUUUACUUUGGGACCUCUCCUGCCACAGCAGUGUUUCCUUCCCAUCCAUUCUAAGUGGAACAUCUUUCCAUUUCCUCUCUAGUACUUCUCUUCAUUCUGUUGAAGAUCAUUCCUCUAUGGAUGUAAAGUCUAUAUGGGAUGAUAUAAGACUACAUCUUCGACGCUUCUUAGUGAGCAAAUUACAAACCCACAAUGAAAUAAACAAUUCACAGCAAAAAAUAUUGUUGAAAAAACAAUGCAUACAACAACUCUUAUUUCUUUAUCCAGAAUCAGAAGUUACAAUCAAGUACCAAAACAUACAGAACAAACUGUUGACUAAACUUCUGCAGAACUGUUUUCCUUCUUACAGCAGAGAAGCAAAUUUAGACAUAAUGGCUGAUGGAUACCAAGGUACAAUGCUUAAGUUAUACUCAAUGAUAAAAGAGGAUUUUAACACACUACGUGAAAUUUUAGCUCCAUCCUCAACAGUGAAAUUCAUUAAAGAAACUUACCUGGAUACAGUUACAGAAGAAAUGGCAAAAUUUCUUGAAAAUUUUUGUGAGCUACAGUUCAAAGAAAAUGCUGUCCGUGUGAUUAAAACAAGCAAGAGCUCCAGCAGGCAUAGAGGAGCAGUGCAUGCUUUGGUUACUCCUGAAUGCCCACAGAAAGGAAGAAAUGUUUUCCUCUCCUUAGAUGAACUCGAGUUCUUAUCACAGCUCAUAAAAUCCUUUUUGAAGUUGGAACAAAGUAUUCAGGAAUUAUUUGAAGAAAUAUUUUUAUGGCUCAAGACACCCAGGAAUACUUCAGAAAUUUUGGAGACAUCCAGUAGAGAAGUUGUAAUAGAGAAACCUAGAACAAAUGAAACCAGUAUUCCUUCAGAGCAAUUGCUACCAGUAAAAGAGGCUACUUUACUAAAUUUUGGCUGGAGAAGUGCAUUUAAAAAAGUGUCUCUUCCCAUGGCACAUUGUAUAACAACAGCCAUUGAAGACUUUUCCGCAAAAAUUCUCCAACAGGAACAGAAUGAAAGGUCUUCAGCUAUGAGCUAUGCUUUGAACCUUGUAAACGUCCAGCAAGUUUGGCAAGAUAGCCGUGUGGUUCCUGAGGCAGACCAACCAAAGAAAAUUGCAAAGUUUUGUUCUGACAUCAUGGAAAAACUUGACACAAUCCUUCCACUGGCUCUGGCAUGCAGAGAUGAUUCUUUUCAGGAAAUUAGAGCAAACUUUGUGGAGGCCUGUUGUAAAGUGGCAACAGCUGUCCUGGCCAGACUGCAAGAGAGAGGCAAGGAGUUUCCUUCCAAAGCACCCCUGAAAAACUUGUACAUGCUGCUCUCCACGGCAGUGUAUGUCUUCCAGCAUUUUAUGCAAUAUGAUAAUUUGAUGAAAGAAAAUACUAAGAAACCCAUAUUCCUGGUACCUGUCCAACGAUAUCAGGAAUUCAUCAACACUCUACAGUUUCAGGUUACGGACUACUGCGUCAGAGUUUGUGCUACAAGCAUUUUACAGGAUGCUGAGAGCCACCACUGGGAUGACUACAAAGCUUUUUAUGAGGGGGAAAGAUGCUCCUUCUCGCUCCAGAUGUGGCAUUAUUUCUUCUGGGCGCUUCAUCACGAUCUCUGGACCAUUCUGCCCCCUAAGUUAGCCCAGGAGAUUCUAGCAGAAGUGCUGGAGAAAUCUUUGGGUCUCCUGGCCUCCAGAUAUGCUCGGGCCCAUCCCAGUUAUAAGAGAACUCCACAGAUAAGACUUGAUGUCACAACAAUUUUAAUAUGCACUGAGAACAUGUUAUGGUCAGUUUGCACAUCUGUACAGAAGCUUUUGAAUCCUCAUGAGUAUGUAGAUGAUAAAAUUUUUGAAAUUCAUACCCAUUGUAAUAAUCUCUUCACAACAUUAGUCAUUUUGACUUCACCACUAACUGAAUUAUACCAGACUUUUCAGCAUGGCAUGGACGAUUCUGCCUCAGAUUCCUUAAAGCCAUUUUUCAAGCAACCAUUGCAUUGGCUUUCUUGCAUAUCACAUUUCUGCCCUUCUUUACUCAGGACUCCAUCAGCUGGACGAUUGACAGCCGAGGGUCAGUUGAAACUGCUGUUAUCCCAGCCAGGCUGUAAUUGGAACCUGCUUCUGGAAACCCUACUGCAUCAUGAUGGUCUUUUACUGAGAAUCUUGCUAAAGAGCUCAAAACGCACCUUUCAAGAACAGGGUUCUGAUACAGAAAGUAAUGUGAACCAAGGAUCCAGCUUGAUAGAAGCUAUCUUUAAAGUAUUGUACCACUGCAAUUUUUCUCCACAAACAUUUGGAAAUGUUUUUGUGAGUUACAUGGAAGAAGAACAUUUAUGGGACUUUUUAUAUAACAUUCCAGUCUCAACGUGCAUGGAGUCUGAGGUAGAGGUCAUCCGAUGCCUGAGACUGGCACUGACUGACGCCGUCAAGGACAUUGUGCAGCAGAUAAUAUCUGUGCUGAGCUCUUGGAGAAACUGUGAGACAAGCCUAAACAAGCACAGUGUUCUUGAAUGUCUGCGUGAGAGCAUUCCAAGAGAAUGGAAUUAUACUCCAAAAGAAACCAAAAGGAAAGAAUCAAGCAAAGGCUUCACAAGGCUUGCUGCUCAGGCAGUAUCUAUUGUAAUCAGCAAGUUACCUACGGUGAUUGCAUGUUUGCCUCCCCCAGUUAAAUACUUCUUUUUUCUGGCUGAGAGAAAAAUGUCAAAAAACUUUGUUGAAUUAAAGAAAGCUGGCCUGCUUGUCUGGAACUUGAUUGUAAUUAUAUGUCGGAUAUUUGAGGAUGGAAACACUGUGGAACUUUUAACAGGUGCCUCCCUUGACAGAUGGAGUAAAGAGAAACUCAGUUUAAUCUGUGUGUGUUUGGAAAGCAUCAUGGGAGAGCAGACAAGUAGCCCUAAUCAAAUGACCCAAAAGGUCAUACGGAGCAUUGAGCAGCAAAAACCCAACUGGAUUGAAUGCCAAUUGUUGAAAGCAAGGAAACUGAGCACCGAAUGUGCAUUUAUGACAAUAGAGGAAAGCACAGCCUUAGAAGAAGGAGAUAUUGCUCUUGAACUGACUGAGCAGAAAAUAAACAUGAUGGUCCUGGAUAUCUGCCACAAACCAGGUGGCAGCGAGUACCUGAGGCAAAUUUAUCACAUCAUGCGGCUCAAUGAGGAGCAUUUAAAAGAACAGCUGUUUUCUAUGAAUGGUUCAGAGGAAAAGCCAUUUCGCAUUCAACCUUUAAAGAUGACCUUGAGGAGUGUGGAAGAUCAGCCCUCUGCCUUUAACCCUUUCCAUGUGUACAAGGUGUUUAGCGAAAACAUGCUUGAUCAGUCAGCUAUCACGAAAUGGAACUGGAAUUGGUCAAACUUGCUGCCAAAUUAUCUGGGACUGGAUAAGACGACCUUCAGUGUACUGCUCAAAAACAGGGGACAAUCAUCAAUGUUUGGAGCCAUUUUUCGUUGUCACAACUGUUACCGACCACGGUUCCUGGACUCCUUAAUCAAAAGAUAUUGAUAAGAAGCAAGACAAGAAAUUCAGGUGGGAAAUGAGGAAGGAUGAAAGACUAGAAGAGGAAGAAAAAGCAAUGCUGGAACAUCUAAAACUAAUGUGUACCAUCCAGGACUCUUCUGCCUCAGAUAACACAGAGGAACAGUAAUCUGCAGAAAACAGCAACAGUUUUAUUUUAGGAAAUAAUCACAUGUAAUGGAGUAGGAUUUUUACUCUAGUCAGAAUGAACCUCUGAUGGGCUGUGAAGCGUGAAACCAAUGACUGAGUAAUCUCUGAACUGAAAAAGAGUACAGCACGUAAAGAAUAAAAUGCUACAUAUUUUUUAUUUUUAAAAUAAUUUCAAAUGUUUUUCUUUCCUCAGUCUUUCACUUAAUAUGAUAUAACUACUGCCAUCUCGUGUUCCCUUUGAAUUAUUUUUUUUCUUUCAGUCUUGAAGUAUCUAUGGCAAUAGGCAAAAUGUUUGGAAAUCUUUUCCCGAAGGAUUUUUAAAUACAACAUUUGGAUGUUAAGUUGGAGUCACAUACCCCCCUGAGGGUCAAUUGAAAAUUUCAAAUUAAUUUUGUAGCCAUAGCCCAAGUCCAGGUCUUAAUUGCCUCUAGUACCCACCACUUUACCAGUCUCCUUUCCCAUAGCCUCUUCCUCAUCCAAUUUAUUUUAAUCAGAGCCACAAAAAGCACUCUCUUGAAGUAUACCUUUAGUAAUAUCUAUGCCUACAGUGGUUUUUCAAACAUCAGAUUCAAACUUCUAAUCAUAUCCUAUCAGAACCUAUACCAGCAGUGCCACGUUCAGCAAACUGCCUGUCAUCCAAGCCACACGCUUGCCAUUUUUCCCAACUAGAAACCAUCUUUCUCUCAAAAUCACGUUCAAAAUUCACUCCAGCAAUCUCGUUAUCCAUAGUUCCAUAGUUUAUGUUACUUCUCUUAUUUCCAUUGCAUUGAUACACACACACGAACACAGGCACACACACACACGAAGGAAACGGAACGUGUACUAGUGCCUCUAUGCCAAGUAGGGUUGUAUUUACUAUAUUCUUCCCAUCAGUGCCUGAUAUUAGAUUAAAAAGACCUUGAAGGCUUUACAAUAUAAUAUGAAAUCUCCCUUUAUAGCAGUAGUCUCCCCAGAUACCUACUAUAGAGUUAUUCAUCUAGCGGGCAGUUAAUAAACACAGUUGUUUAAAUGGCUGUCAUUGUAAGAAGACAGCAAAGACAAUUAGACUGUUGAGCAACCUAUAGGACAUCUGGGAGAAGCCUUACAUCAUGAACUAUUUUAGACCAUAUGACAUUGAACAUCAUUGUUUCUGAUGUUCUCAGGUUAUUCAUGUUCCCACAUUCUGUGAUUUUUAUAAAAUAUGUAUAGGCUACAUGAUUUCCAAAGGAAAGUACUUGGACAUUUUUCAAAGAGUAAAGCUUGGAGUGCAGAGGACACCUUAGAAAAUCUCUUGCAUUAUUCUCUUACAUAAAAACACAUAAACGGCCAUGUAGCCAGCUGCCUGCCAAAUAACACAUUUUACUUUUAAAGAAUGUACUUUAGUUGGCCAGUAUAAUCAUAAACCAAGUGUUUUAAGACAUGGUUGAAAUAAUUUCUAAAAAUUUUAUGCAGACCAUUUAAAAAAUGCUAAGAAAUUUUUAUGAGAAUUAGACUUUCCAGAUUCUCUUAUCUAUAAACAGUUACUAUAACAACAAACAUAAGGCAAUGGUUAACUUUAUUCCUUCAGCUUAGUGAUGGUCUAUGUACUAAAUCUGCACAACUAUAUUUUAUUAGAAUAGACACUAAAAUAGAAAGUCAAAAAAUAAUGAAUUGAUCCAAAAGCUAAAUAAAAUAAUCUUAUAAAGUUAUAGGAUUUCACAUUGGCUCCUUUUGUUUUCUAAUAUAUCUAAGGAUCAUCUGUUAACACUAUUUUUUAUUGAAUCUGUUCACUUCUGUAUUAAUCCUGGAAAGUGAUUUAGUUUGUCUUGAAAAAAUGUCUAUAUGGCUCCCUUCCAAAAGGAAAGAAGUAUAGUAAGGGGAGAAUGUGAUAAGUUGAAAGGAGAGAAAUGUAGGAAAGAGAGAAGAGUUUGCAUUUGAUUUCUCUUCUAUGCUUGAUCUAUGAAAUUACUGUAGCCAUAAGUGCAGUAAAAUUUAUAAUUGGGAAAUUUAAAUAAGUUAUUGUUUUAUCAGAUCAUUUUGACUUUACAUGUGAUAUGUUUCUUAAAGUAUGAUAAAAAGUGGUACUCCAAAACAAUUACUCUUUCUCACAUUUUUGUAUAAGUUAACAAUAAGAAUGAAGCCUAAUAUUUUAUAACUAUAUAUGCUUAUUACAAAAAUGUUAUCUUCCUAUAAAAUAUUAUCUUCCUUCUGUGUUUUAUUUAACUGUACUUUUAUGUAAUUUUAAAGAGGUAUCUAUUAUUGGCCUAGCAGUGUUAAAAUAGUAUGAAUUAAUUUCUAAUAAAAUACAUUUUAUUCUUAACAACACACGUUUGAACUGUGCAGGUUCACUUAUAUGCAGAUGUUUUACUGAUAUGUACUACAGUACUCCAUAACAUUGAAUUGAUUGAUCUGUGGAUGCAGAACCAUGGGUUACACACAGGAUAGGUACCCCUAACCCCUGUGUUGUUCAAGGAUCAACUGUAUAGAUGAUAAUGUGUAUUUCAGAUAUUUUACCUUUGUCAUGUCGAUGAAAAAAUGUUAUAAAACUACCAACCAAGAAAUAGGAAAAGUAAAUCACUGUUUUGUCUAUAACAUCUGCUUACUCUAAAUAUCCUACUAUGUCAGUUCACAGAUUCUUGAGUCAAAGCGAGCUUCAGGUAGUUUAUAAUAGGAAUUUCUUAUAAAAAAUGUUUUUUUAAAUGAUUUUAAUGAUUCUUGAAAUAUUUCAUAAUGUUUAAAAAACAUUUUAAAAGUUGUAUUUAGCCUUAAAAAGGAAGGAAACCCUGUCAACAUUGAUAAACUUUGAGGGCAUUAUGCUAGGUGAAAUAAGACAGUCACAAAAAGACAAAUGCUGUAUGAGUCUACCUAUAUGAGGUAUCUAAAGUAGUCAAAUUCAUAGAAAAAAGUAGAAUAAUGGCUACUCAGGACUAGAGGAAGGGGAAAAGAGGGGUUGUUUAAUAGGUAGAGUUUCAGUUUUACAAGAUGAAAAAUGUUCUGAAGGUAUGUUUUACAAUAGUGUGAAU